AUCUCCUCCGAAGUCCAACCCCACCGUUCCCUUAUGUCAUCCUCGGACGAUAUCCUCCCAUCAUCCGACCCGGACUCUUCUUCGGGUCCAACUCAGCCCCAAAUUUCCCACGCCAUCCAUCAGCUCUCCUUCAACCAAGACAACACCUGCUUCUCCGCCGUCACCGACCGCGGUUUCCUCGUCUUCAACACCGACCCUUACCGUCCCCUCCUCCGCCGCGACUUCGACUGCGGCCUCUCCCUCCUCUCCAUGCUCUUCCGCUUCGAAGUCUUCGCCCUCGUCGGCUCCUCCUCCUCCGCCUUCUCCGCCGCCACAACCAACACCAAAGCUCUCCUCUGGGACGACCACGCCUCACGGUGCGUCGGCGAGCUCUCCUUCCGUUCCCCAAUCCGCUCCAUCCGCCUUCGUCGCGACACCAUCAUCGUCACUCUCCUCCACAAAAUCUACGUCUACAACUUCUCGGAUUUAAUGAUGUUACACCAGAUUGAAACGACGUCGAAUCCCAAGGGCUUAUGCGAGGUUUCUCAGGUUUCGGGGCACAUGAUGUUGGUUUGCCCAGGUUUACAAAAGGGCACAGUGAGAGUAGAGAAUUAUGGAAGUAAAAGGUGUAAAUUCAUUAAGGCCCAUAGCUCCAACAUCACGUGCUUGGCUUUGACUCAUGAUGGCAGGGUCUUCGCCACUGCUAGCUGUAAAGGAACCCUAACCAGAGUUUUCAAUGCUUUGGACGGGACAUUGAUUCAGGAGGUAAGGAGAGGGGCAGAUCGAGCAGAGAUAUAUAGCCUAGCUUUCUCUUCAACAGCUCGGUGGCUAGCCGUCUCGAGUGACAAAGGAACUGUCCAUGUCUUUAGCCUCAAGGUUGAUUCAGCAGUUUUGGGGAAUGAUACGUCAACAAGUGCAUCCGAAUCACCUGUUUCAAAUCAAUCAGCCUUAUCAUCCCUUUCUAUUUUGAAAGGUACAAUCCCUCAAACUUGUUUCUCAGAGCGGUCAGUGGCUCAGUUUCGGCUUCCUGAAGGUUCACGGUACGUUGUUGCUUUCGGACAACAAAACAACACUGUCAUGAUCAUCGGGAUGGAUGGAAGCUUCCGUCGAUGCCAAUUUGACCCGGUAAACGGUGGACAGAUGACCCAAAUGGAAGAACACAAUUUCUUAGAGGAAGAAGGAGCAUUUUCAAAGCUGGAAUGAAGAAGAUUCAUAUAAAGUUUUUUGUGUAACUGACAAGAUUUAGGGUGUUAAUAUAUGCAUAACAGAUUAAAUAUCCGUGUAAAUGAGAGUUAUGUUAG